AUGGAUUAUGUGUCAUAUUCAGAUGGAACUAGUUUUUCUCAACAACACGUCAAUGAUUAUCAAACACCACCUUUUCGCGGUACAGGUCGUUUCGUCGUAUCAAAAACUCAUAGGAUGACAUCAAAUAUGUCUAGUAUUUCCGUGAGUUCACCUUCGUAUUUGUCACCACCAUCACCCAGCAGUCAACAUCAUCAUCAGCAAGAACAUCAAUCCAGAAGAUUAUCAAUCGAUUUUUCGUCUCCUCCUCUUUCUCCAUUAAAUGAUGAAUUUUCUGAACGUCCGGUAACAAAAAAGGUUUCCAAAACUGCAAUACCCACAAAUGAUCCAGUUGUAUCAGGUACGAACAUAAGCGAUACUGAAGGACAGAUAAAUUCAACACUUUUGGAAUGUACCGAUACCGAUAUUGUUUGUCUUGAAGAAUCAUCAACACAACCACCAGUAGAUCGAAAACCAUUUGGAACAGUUUCUUCGUCAGAUCCUCCUCGUCUUUAUACAGAAAAUCAAUUACAACAGCUGUUAAGUAGGUUAAUUAAAUAAAAUAAUAGUUAAUUAAUUCAAAUGAUGUGAUACAGACACCUCUACGUACCGAAAACAGAAGCAACACGCUACCAUUCACUGCAACACCCCCAUUAGCUUCAGUUCGAAACAAUGAUCGGUCGCGAAGCCCGCAUCCUUUU